CCCGUCAGUUCUUGGGCUUCCAAAUUAAGAAAGUCGUAUAAGCACCUUGAUUUGUUCUCCUUGCAUCUUCCAUCUCUUUUUACCCGAGAGUGAGUGAGAACUUUACCAAAGUGCUAGAUCUCGAAUUGUGUCCCGCGUUCAUGUUUACGUGUGACUGACUGAAUUGAAAUGUUGACAUGGGGAUUGUUGAUGUCCUACGUGUUUCUCGCCAACGCUUUGCCAACUGUGAUACGCUUGGGUGGUUUAUUUGAUGCCUCUGAAAAAGAACAACAACUUGUUUUUCAAAUUGCAGUAGAUCGAGUAAACAACAACAACGCAGUUUUGCCUUUUUCAAAUCUCAGUGCUCUUAAAGAAAUUCAUCAACCAGAUAACAGCUUUGAUGUUUCAAAAAAAGUUUGCAAACUUUUGAGGAAAGGUAUAGCUGGAAUAUUUGGUCCUCAAACAGCUCUGGCAGCAAGUCAUGUUCAGUCAAUAUCAGACGCUCUAGAAGUACCUCACAUUGAAAUACGAUGGGAUUAUAAAUUGCAGAGAGACGAUUUGUCUGUUAACUUACAUCCACACGCGUCAGCUCUAAAUCAAGCUUACAUCGAUGUUGUUAGGAGGUGGGGAUGGAGGAAAUUUAUCAUAAUUUAUGAAGAAAGUGAAGCUAUUGUGAGACUUCAGGAUUUUUUAACACAGACUUCUUCAAGUGAAUGGGAAAUUCAAGUGUAUCAGUUCCCACCGGACAAACCUUACAGGCACUUAUUCCUUCAGAUUCGGUCUUCACAGGCAAGUAUUUCAUCCGAAGACAUCUGCAUUCUUUUGGAUGUUCCAGCAAAAAGUUUGGGAGCUGUUCUGAAACAGGCUCAGCAGGUUGAAAUGAUGACUGUGAAAAAUAAGUAUAUUAUAACAUCAAUGGAUCUUCAUACUGUUGAUUUAGAAGAUUUCCAGUAUUCAAGAGCAAAUAUAACAGGCUUUAAAAUUCUCAACAGUAAUAGUGUUGUUUAUGAAGACCUACUGGAGGAAACGAACAAAAGGUUAAGAAGACACAAGGAAGAGCAGAUCACUUCACUUACUACAGCUUCAGCAAUGAUGUACGAUGCUGUGAUGCUAUUUUCCAAAGUUCUGCAAGAUAUAGAUGGUGGGAAAUUCGUAAAUUCAUUUCCACCGAUAUCAUGUAUUGAAAUGACAAAAGGUACAGAUGGAACAAGCAUAAUCAACUAUAUGAAAUCGAACAAAUUAAGAGGUCUGACAGGGCAAAUUCAUUUUGAUGGUCAAGGAUUUCGAACGUCAUUCGUGUUAGAUAUUCUACAGCUCUCAAAAAAUGGCUUGGAAAAGAUUGGUACAGUUGGUCCUGGGAGACAUAUAAAUAUCACAAAGUUGAUAACACCAGAGGUUGCCACAACUUAUCAAUUUUCGAAUCGGAAAUAUAUUAUAACGACAAUAUUAGCCAAGCCAUUUGCUAUGUUGAAGUAUUCCUCGAAACAACUGAGUGGCAAUGAAAGAUAUGAAGGAUUCAGCAUUGAUCUUAUAGAAGAGUUAUCGCACAAGUUGAAAUUCUCGUAUGAAAUCCGGGAAGUUGAAGAUAGUAAGCACGGAUAUGAAGUUGAUAAAGCUAGAGGAAUAUGGAAUGGCAUGGUUGGGGAAGUUUUGCGUGGGGUUGCUGACAUGGCCGUAGCUGAUGUGACAAUCACUUCUGACCGUGAAAAAGUUCUGGACUUUUCGCAUCCAUUUAUGAAUACAGGGAUUAGCAUUUUGUUCAAGAAGCCAACCGAGAAAGUAAAAUCUCUCUUUUCGUUUUUAUCACCUUUUUCGACGGAAGUAUGGUUUUUUGUGAUGAUGGCGUUCACGGGUGUCAGCUUCAUCCUGUUUCUGGUCGGUAGACUGAGCCCAUAUGAGUGGGAGAACAUAAAUCCUUGUCGACAAGAUGAGAAAAUCGAAGAAAAUUGUUUCACUAUAUUGAACAGUAUGUGGUUUACAAUAGCAUCACUUAUGCAGCAGGGCUGUGAAGUAGCUCCAAGGUCUUCAUCCACCAGAACUAUAUCAGGAAUUUGGUAUUUUUUUACAUUAAUCAUGAUUUCGUCUUACACUGCCAACUUAGCUGCAUUUCUAACUGUAGAGAGAGUUGUCUAUCCCAUUGAAUCCUACAAAGAUUUAAUAAAACAAACUAAAAUUAAGUAUGGUUGUCUAGAAAGUGGAUCAACGCGAACCUUUUUUCAAAGUUCUUCUAUUCCGACCUUUCAUAAAAUGUGGGAGUACAUGAGCGCCAAUAAAGAAGUUCUGAUGAAGAGCAACGAGGCAGGCAAGGAGAGAGUUUAUGAGGGAAAUUAUGCUUAUCUCAUGGAGGCAGCCUCUAUUCAAUACCUGACCGAGAGGGAGUGUAACCUCACACAGAUCGGAGGCUUGUUAGAUCACAAGAGUUAUGGUAUAGCUACAAAGAAAGGAAAUGGAUCUUUAAGUGCAUGGCUUUCCGGUGGUAUACUGAAGUUGCAAGAAGAAGGAGUUCUUCACACUCUUGAAGAACGUUGGUGGAAAGAAAAAAGAGGUGGAGGCCAGUGUGUUGUGAAACCAUCUGGUUCUGUUCGAGAGUUGGGACUUAGCAAUGUUGGUGGUGUCUUUGUUGUGUUGUUAGCCGGGGGUAUGCUAGCUGCUGCUGUUGCUACUCUAGAAUUUUUGUGGAAAUUUAGAAAAUUUUCAUCUUCGCAGGAAGAUAUUAGGAAAGUCAUGAUCAAAGAUGUGAAGUUUGCUCUUACAUGUAGUAGUUCUGUAAAAGAAUUGCCAAUGUAUAAGAAGAAAAGUUCUGAAAAUAGCCAAUUCAAAAAAGAACAUGUUACCGGCUCCAAGUUCGAAUACUCUGAUUUUUCUAAUAAAGAAUGAUGACUCUU